UGUUGGCAGUCGAUUGUAUCGCCGUGAAUACAAAAUCGCUCAAAUUAUGUUGAAGUUACAGUACAUUUUUCUUUUGCUACCAUUAACUUAUGUGCUGAGUUGUACUACCGCUCGAAGUGAAACCAGAUUCAAUCUAUCAGUGAUUCAUGUUAAUGAUUUUCAUGCAAGAUUUGACGAAACUAGUGACUCGGGAGGCGUUUGCAAAGAGAAGGGAAAAUGUAUUGGAGGUUUUUCUCGACUUUACAGGCAAAUUAAGGAUCUUUUAAUUGAAAGACCAGAUUCGAUUCUACUAAAUGCAGGUGAUAAUUUCCAAGGCACCCUUUGGUACACAUUGGGAAAAUGGAAUGUCACCCAGGAAUUCUUAAACAAACUUCCAUUUGAUGCCACAGUUUUAGGAAACCACGAAUUUGAUGAUAAUAUUGAAGGUCUAAACUCAUUUAUGAAGACACUAAAGAGUCCGAUAGUCGUCUCUAACAUGAACGAUAGUUUGGAACCUACAAUUCAAGGACUGUACAACAAAAGCACGGUAAUUGAGAGGGGUGGAAAAAAAAUUGGGAUAAUAGGAGUCAUCAUUUCAUCUGUUGACCAAAUUGCCGCCACGGGCAAUCUGAACUUUUACUUAGAAUCACCUAGCGUUAACGCAGAGGCGGAACGUUUGGUAAAAGAGGAGGGAGUUUUCACUAAUAUUGUUGUUUCUCAUGCUGGAUAUGAUGUGGAUCAAAAGAUUGCUGCUAAUGCUUCAGAAAAGAUCAGCCUCGUAGUUGGUGGCCAUACACACACAUUUUUAUACACUGGAGAAAACCCUCCUGGGCCUGAACCAGUCAAAGGACCAUACCCAACCAUUGUCCGAAGCAAAACCGGCAAAAAUGUUCUCGUUGUUCAAGCAUCAUGCUUCUGCCGGUACUUGGGAAAUAUAACUAUAUUUCUGGAUGAUCUUGGAGAAAUUAUAGACUAUUCUGGUGUACCAAUUUUUCUAGGCAGCAAUCUUUUGCAAGAUGAACAAAUUAAUAAAGACCUGCUCCCCUGGAAAGAGAUGGUAGAUGCUAUGGGUGGUACCGUGCUGGGGUCAAGUCUAGUUACUCUAGACAUGAGCAAGUGCAGAUACGCAGAAUGUACGUUUGGAAACUUGGUGGCAGAUGCUAUGGUUUAUUCAUGGACUGACAAAGCUGAGGAAGGGUCAUGGACUUUCGCUUCCAUUGCUAUUGUAUCCUCAGGAAGUAUGAGAACCAAUAUAAUUAUUGGAAAUAUUACCUACAAUGACCUAAGUACUGCAAUACCUUAUAACAACACCUUUGAUGUUGCCGAGAUUCAAGGAAAACAUAUUAAAGAACUGUUGGAAUACAAUACCCUGCCUUAUUUUGAUAGCUCAACUGAUGACAAAAGCUUAAAACUUAUGCAAUUUGCAGGCAAGUUAACAAUAAUACAUUGCGAACUAUACAAUUCAGUAUGCAAUUUGAUACUAUUUUUUCUGUACAAAAUAUAUAUAAAUCUAUUAAGAGGAAGUAGAAAUUAUAUCUGCUAUAUUACCUACAAUGACCUAAGUACUGCAAUACCUUAUAACAACACCUUUGAUGUUGCCGAGAUUCAAGGAAAACAUAUUAAAGAACUGUUGGAAUACAAUACACUGCCUUAUUUUGAUAGCUCAACUGAUGACAAAAGCUUAAAACUUAUGCAAUUUGCAGGAGUCCAUGUUGUAAUGAAUCUAACCCGUCCAGAAGGUGAGAGGGUCGAAUCGCUGAAACUUCGUUGUCAGUCAUGUGAGAUUCCUGUAUACGAAAAUAUCGAGUUGAACAAAACCUACAGGAUAGUUAUUAAUUCUUAUGUAGCGAAUGGAGGAGACAAUUAUCCAAUGUUAACUGAAAAUAUUAAGAACUUGCAAGUUGGUCAAUUUAGUACAGAUGUUUUAAUCGACUAUAUUGGCCACAGGUCUCCCGUAUUUCAAGAGGAAGAAGGAAGAAUUGUUAUUCUCAGAUAAAAUGAUAAGAGUUGUAGAUUAGUGUUCUUUUAAUUGGAAAAUGUUUGCUUAAUAAGACUUUAAACAAAAAAUAAUAUUCAUAA